AUGGCCUCGCCGCGGAGAGCCAGCGAUAUCAGGCGGAGAUGGGCUUCCCAGCUUACCAAGGCAUGUGAAGCUGAUGACUGGGGUCAAAUACUGGAAGCUCAAGAAGGGUAUAGAAAGCUCGCUAUCGACAUGGCGGCGACUCGGGGCCAUUUGGCUGUGAGUUCAACAGAUCAGGAGAUCACCAGGAAGAUCAUAUUGUGUCUGAGUGCUCGGCUCGAGAUUCUGUCGAAAUCGGGCGUAAGAAGUGGUCAUCUUGGCAUAACGAUAGCCGAUUUGAAGUCCCUAGAACCUGGUCGGUUCGAACUGCUGGUUAUUCAAAACACGCCUUCCUAUUCCCUAGUGAUCCUUUAUCUCUUCCUCCCUGCUGCUGCGAGCCCUUACGCGGCAGCAGAUAAGUUUCCGGUCUCUGCGACCAAGUUCCGCGAGGCAUCCCCGAUAAUUAAGGAUGACACUGCUGGAGAUACUGUCGACUAUGCCCAGCGAGACGUAUCUGAUUUCCAUCAAAGCCAUGCUGCUUUGACCGAAGUUGUGGAUCCCGACCAAACUGUGGUUUGCUCGGUGGACACUCAUAUAAGCAGAGAAAGACGCGUCAACCAUGUGCUUUUUGAGGAAAGAGUUUAUCUAGCCGUUAGCCUUGAGCAAAUGCAGAGAACCAAUAGUGCAAUAUUUUUCGAGUUCAAACACUACAAGCCUAAGAAGAAGAAAGUGUCAACGAGGUGCUGGUCUUUCAUGGAGCUCCAAGAACUCAAGCCGGACGAAGAGACCGUGCUGGAGAUAUACCACAAGCCAACCGACUUGAGAAAGAGGAAACUGAAGCUCCACUCAGUGAAGAAACUACUCUCACCUGCAAUGUCUGAUACCAUUCGGGAUCUUGAUGGACCUGGAAGACCUCACACGCAAAGUGGGACGGCCAUGGAGGCAGAAUAUUUCCUACAAGAAUCUGAAGGUCCCAGUCAGGGUCAGCACGAAGCGGCACGGCUGCAUAGAGAUUCCCAGGAGAGGUUUGAGAACGGCGAUUUCGAAGAAUCCCUCCUCGCGAAAGAUCAGAGUUAUCGGAAUGGCCCCGUCCGGUUCAUCGUCCUCAUUUUGCAGUCACUAGUGCUCAUGGGACUCACCUACAACUACGAUAUGUGCAGUGCUACACGCAACGUACUAGUAGAGAGGCUUGGGAUCUCGGACACAGGCUAUGGGGUCAUCUCGGGCGUCUAUGCUUACCCUAAUGUGAUCCUACCACUGUUCGGUGGGCUCCUCAUAGACCUUGUUGGAGUUCAGCGUUCUAUGAUUUUUUUCGUUCUCAUCAAUUUUUCCGGCACAGUCGUGUACGCUCUGGGCCUACACAUGCGCUCUUUCACUGUCCUUGUUGUUGGAAGGGCAAUAUUCGGCAUGGGAGGGGAAAGCCUCAACGUUGCUAACAGUACAAUUAUGACCCACUGGUUCCGCGGCAAGGAGCUAGCAUUCGCCCUUGGGUGCUCGCUGACACUCUCUAGACUGGGCAGUGUCCUGGUGCUUAACACGCAACCAAUGUUCGUCCGGAACUGGGGUGUCGUCAUUGGAGCCAUGGCAGGGGUCUGCAUGGCGGGUGUUACAAGUGCUGUGCUCACCUGCGUUUUUGAUCGUCAAGCGAAUUCUCACGAUAAGGCAAACCAUAUCGCCGGGGCGGAAGAGGACACGAAGUCGGGGGAUCGCGGGGUCCAAUUGAGUGAUGUGAAAAGUUUUGGUAAAAUGUUCUGGUGCUUGGCACUGAGCUGUGUUUUCACCUACAUGUCCAUCUUCCCAUUUUAUCAGGUGGUGGCUCCGGCAUAUCUUCAGUCUGAUGCCCAUUUCGGUUUCGAUUUGAAGACUACCAACGCUAUCAACUCGAUCCCUACAAUGCUUGGGGCGGUCCUUUCGCCCUUUAUGAGUAUCUAUAUAGAUAGACGGGGUCAGAGGCCUAAGCUCAUGGUCUGGGCCUCGGCCCUGUUACUAAUAACGAACGUUUCCCUCAUGGUUUUUCCGCGGUGUCCCCACUGCACUUCAGUUGCAUUCUUCUUCGUCCUCAUGGGAAUAUCUAUUUGUUUGUAUGGUGCUGUGAUAUGGGCGUGUAUUCCUUUUACUGUGCCACCACGCUCAGUAGGGGCGGCUUUCGGGCUCACGUUCGCCCUACAGAACUGCGGUCAAGCGAUAGCCCCAUCGAUACUCGAGUUCCUCCAUCAGGAAUCGGGAGACUUCAUUUGGCCCUUCGGAUGUCUAGCGCUUUGGGCUGCUAUAGGCUUGGGCAUAUCUCUUUACUUGAAGAGGAUCGACAGGAGCACACAGACCGGGCUAUUCCUCCCCUGUCCAGAGAAGCUGGCUGAACAACUAGCAUGCUCUCCGGUUUACUACUACGACUCCCCUACUACAGAGGCUAUCGCCACUGCCAUGCCCAACGCCCCGACUGCGGCAGUAGUGAUGCCUGAGGUAUACGUGAGGAGAGUUCAAGGCUAUUUGUCAUCACCAAGGAGCAAUAUGCAGUUCCGUAGAGCAUAUUACUCACGCCUUGGUCUUGGCCAUUCGUGAUAAUGGACGAUGGGUUGCUGCCUCUACUGUUGGACAAUGAAACCAUUACUACUGAAGCCAACUAUCAGCACUAUGGAGGACGUAGAAGUGACCAUAUAUUCCGUGCUGGAAUUGAUUGUCAUUGAUAGUUAUGUAGACGGUUCUGUUAGUCACGUAGUGUUAACAUAUUUCAUAAUUUAUUGUAUUC